AUGGAGGCCCGUCUUGCGCGGCUGCCCCAAAUGCUGCUUCUGCUGGGGGCAGCUGCCCUGGCGGCAUCUGCUUUGGAGACAGCCGACCUGGUGGACCUCUGCGGGCAGACGUGGCAGGGGGCCGGGCUGCUGCUGCGCUCGCACGCCGCCUCGCGCAGGUUCUAUUUCGCGACCCCGGACACCGACUGCGGGCUCUGGAUGCGGGCGGCGGCCGCCGGCGACAGGAUCCGCUUCCAGUUCCGCUUCUUCCUGGUCUACAGUCUGGCCGCGGCGGCCCGGACGCCCUCAGGGUCCCCGGCGCCCAACGCCUCCUCCCCGGAGCCCGCCGACCCGUGCGCCCCCGGGUCCUACCUGCAGUUCUACGAGGGCCCGCCGGGGGCGCCGCGGCCCCUGGGGGCCCCUCUCUGCGGCCUCACCAUCCCCGCCCCGGUGGCGUCCUCCGGGCCUUUCCUGGGCCUCCGCCUUCUCACGAGAGGCCGCCAGCCCCGCGUGGACUUCGUGGGCGAGGCCACCUCUUUCCGGCUGGGGCCCUCAGAGUUGCCCUUUGAUGUCCUGGGCCUCCGAGAGCUGCUGCUCUCUGGAUAA